UAUAUCCACGUAGUGCUGAUUGUAAGGCCAUAAAUUUGCCUCCAAAUUCCCAAAAUCAUAAAACGGGUCCUCCAAUUCCUCUUUCGCUCUUUUCCAAUUUCCCUUUCUAUUCUCUCCUAUAUUUCACUUCUCGCAUGUGUUUAUUAUUAUUAUUCAUUACUUCAUUCAAUAUUUUCCACCACACUUUCCCUCUAUGACUCAGUAUUGCACUUCCAUUCCCCAGCAUCCCAAGCUUUCAAGGUUGUGUCAACCAUAAUUCCUAAAAUACCCUUCAGUAUUCAUAAUACAAUACUGCAGAAGCUUAACAUAAUUGCUAUACCUUUUACCUUUUGACUUCAAUUGAAUUGAUGCUUCUUCAAUGAUUCUAGAUGUUUCUAGAUGAUUCUUCGGCCACCUUCUUCUGCGAGCUUCUUCCAGUUCUUGCAGGCUUCUUGUCCCUGCAGCAAUGAAGCUGAUUCCAAAGCUUUUCUUCUUCCAUUCCCCUUCUCAUCCAGAAGGCGCAGAAAACGCUUCCUCGCCAAUUUCGGUCACCGGAAGUUCCGAAGGCGAUGGACUCUUCGCCUUUGCGCCAUCCCUCCCGAAGCUUCUAACCGCAAUUGGAACCCGGAACUUGUCAACUCCGCCGCAAGAGGCGCCAAAGGUUAUGUGUUGAAGCGAGUUUCGAGCGAAUUGGAGCAAGGGAACGAGUUCAACCACCACCAAGGGUCGCAACAAUCGCAGCAGCAUGUUCAGUUGGGUUCCAACUUCACAAAUUUCCAGGAGGAUCCUCUUGUUGAUAAGCUCAGAACUCAAUUAGGAGUAAUUCACCCGAUUCCGUCGCCGCCAAUUAACCGCAACGUUGCUGGUUUGUUCGUGUUCUUCUUCUUUGUAGGUGUUGUGUUUGAUAAAUUGUGGACUUCAAGAAGGAGGAACAAUAAGGUUAACAGUGUGGAUAGCUUGCGUGGCGUGUGGCCUCAGGUGCCCACCAGCUUCUCCUUGUUUCUGGAGAAGGACCUUCAGAGGAAAGAGUCGGUGGAAUGGGUGAACAUGGUGUUGGGGAAGUUGUGGAAGGUGUAUAGAGGUGGGAUAGAGAACUGGAUUAUUGGAUUGCUUCAGCCUGUAAUUGAUAACUUGAAGAAGCCUGAUUAUGUGGAGAGGGUUGAGAUUAAGCAAUUCUCGUUGGGGGAUGAGCCGUUGUCGGUUAGGAAUGUUGAACGGAGGACUUCUCGUCGGGUGAAUGAUCUGCAGUACCAGAUUGGUCUUAGGUAUACUGGUGGAGCUCGCAUGCUAUUAAUGCUUUCUCUAAAGUUUGGCAUUAUUCCAAUUGUUGUGCCUGUUGGUGUUAGAGAUUUUGAUAUUGAUGGUGAGCUUUGGGUGAAAUUGCGACUAAUACCAACAGAACCUUGGGUAGGAGCUGUUCAGUGGGCUUUUGUUUCACUUCCAAAAAUCAAGUUCGAAUUGUCUCCAUUCCGUUUGUUCAACUUGAUGGCAAUUCCAGUUCUCUCAAUGUUUUUGACUAAACUUCUCACGGUAGAUUUACCUAGACUAUUUGUACGCCCAAAGAAAAUUGUUUUGGAUUUCCAGAAGGGAAAAGCUGUUGGUCCUGUUGCUGUUAAUACUAAAUCUGGAGAAGUACAAGAAGGAAACAAGGAUUCUAUUGGAGAACUUUCAGUUACUCUUGUGGAUGCCCGAAAGCUUUCUUAUAUCUUCUAUGGCAAGACAGAUCCUUAUGUUGUUCUUAACCUUGGAGAUCAAGUCAUACGAAGCAAGAAGAACAGUCAAACAACUGUAUUUGGGCCCCCUGGAAUGCCAAUUUGGAAUCAGGAUUUUCAUAUGCUUGUCAACAAUCCUAAAAAGCAGAAGUUAAGCAUCCAAGUAAAGGACUCUCUAGGGUUUGCAGAUUUCACUAUUGGUACAGGAGAAGUUGAUUUGAGCUCUCUGAAAGACACCGUUCCUACGGAUAGAAUUGUUACUUUACAAGGAGGUUGGGGAUUUUUGGGAAAGGGUUCUUCCGGGGAGAUAUUACUACGGUUGACAUAUAAAGCAUAUGUGGAGGAUGAGGAAGAUGACAAGGCUGAGAUGGAUGCUACUGAUAUGUAUGCAUCAGAUGAUGAAUUGUCUGAUUUAGAUGAUGGCAUUGUCGCUGAUGCGAGGAAUGAAAUAGAUUCUAUGUAUGACACAGACAAAGAGUCAUUUAUGGAUGUUUUGGCUGCACUAAUUGUAAGUGAAGAAUUCCAAGGGAUUGUAGCAUCUGAAACAGGAUUUACCAAAGUUUCGGACAAUGUUACAAAGAUAGGUUCGAAAGCACCAACUUCGUCAUCACCAUCACCAUCACCAUCACCAUUGCCUGUUGCUAGUUCUGAAUCAAAUCCUUCUACCUCUGAUCGUUCUGAAGGCUUUGGAGGUUCAGCCUUGUUCUGGCUUUCUGUGAUUACUGGCAUAGCAUUACUAAUUGCUAUCAGUAUGGAGGGUUCAAGUUUGUUCAAUCCUUAAAGAUAGUGUUGUGCUGCUUGCAAGCUAGAACUCGAGUGGGGCAGUAGGAUAUGAUCAGUUGAUCACUUCAAAUCAGAUUAGUUUGAGAGAUUUUUUUCCCCCUUUUCCCCCUCUCUUUUUUUUUUUAUUUUAUACAAGUAUAGUAUUCUAUAUUCGUUAGUACUGCUUAUGGAGGAAAGCAGCAUGUACCGGCGACACAUGAUUUUUUGCUUCGUUUCAUGUGUGAGCCACAAUUUUAUUCAUCUCAUUUCACAUAAUUGUUUAUAAAGUUAAGUGAUUUCGACCAGGCAGUAAUAAAAUAGAAUAACAGGUUUCUCAGUUCUCAA